UUCAAAAUUCUGGUGAUUGGACUUAAACCCUGAGCUCUCAUCAAAGCCACAUGAUAUUUCAUUAAUGCUAUGUGGUAUGUGGUUUGCAUUUUUUAAAAAAUAAAGUAAAAGCAUUACUGUUAGCAAAAAAAAAUUCCAAAACAUCACAGUUACGUUCCUUUAUGUAACCACACUCCAAGGAGGUGUUUUUUCCAUUUACAACUAAUAACAAGGUUGCCCUUAUAACCUAUAGUUAGGAUUUGAUUCUGCUUUCUCAUUCUUGAUUCAACAUGCAAUCAAGAUGGGUCUCAACUGAGAGGCUCUCCAUUCUCCCUUCCAACUCUAAAAUGCUACGAGCACUGGGUGAAUUAUUGGUGUCAGCUGAAUGUCUACUACUGGCAUCACUCAUUACCUCAUAUUGAGAUAGGAGGCAAACCCACAGACAAUUGCCUGCAUAUUCCCCUCAACCAACAGACUUUCAUUAAAUCCUUUCUAAUUUUAGGUGCCACAACUGCUCUGCUGGUGUUGCUAAAACACAAUAACAGAGCUACUCUUCUAGAACUUUUUUUAAAGAAAUACUUCCAAUAAUUAAGAUGACCAACCAGUCUACAGUGACAGAAUUUCUUCUGAUGGGCUUCUCCAGUGACCGAGAAGAACAAUUUUUUUACUUUGUGAUAUUUCUCUCCAUUUAUUUAAUCGUCUUAGUGGGGAAUUUCCUCAUCACCAUUGCUGUUGCCCUGAACCACAAACUACACACUCCGAUGUACUUCUUUCUGGUCAAUCUAUCAUUAACAGAUAUUUGCUACAUCUCAACCACAAUCCCCAAAUCCAUAGCUGCUUCUUUGUCAGAUGACAAAAGGAUUUCUUUUGCUGGCUGUGUUGCACAGGUUUUCUUAGUUUUGACCUUUACAGGUUCUGAGCUUGCCUUGCUCACUAUCAUGGCUUAUGAUCGCUAUGUUGCAAUCUGCCAUCCUUUACAGUAUGAGCUAAUCAUGAACAGGGAUGCCUGCAUCCAAAUGGCAGCUGCUUCCUGGAUAAGCAGCCCAAUCCAUUCAUCAUUACAUACCAUUAUCACUUUCAGGCUAGAUUUCUGUGGGUCCAAUAUUAUUGGGCAGCAUUUCUGUGAUGUCCCUCAGUUGCUUAAGAUUUCUUGUACUGACACUAAAGUUAACCAAAUUUUGAUUCUUGCCAUUGGAAUUACUGGAGGUUCAUUUUGUGGAGGGUUCAUCUUUGCUUCCUAUGGCUACAUAUUCUCUGCUGUGCUGAGAAUCCCUUCUGUUCAAGGCAGAUAUAAAGUUUUCUCUACCUGCAUCCCCCACCUGACUGUCUUUUCUUUAUUUAUGAGCACAGCUGUGUUUUCAUACAUGAGACCUAAAGCACUUUCUUCAACAAUGAUGGAUUUGCUCUCUGCUGUAUUGUAUAAUGUUUUGCCACCCUUACUGAAUCCUAUUAUUUAUAGCUUUAGGAACAAAGACAUCCAAGAGGCCGUAUUGAAAAUACCAAAAGGAAUUAGAAGUCUCCUAGCAUGAUUGAAUGCAUUGUGUCUCAUACACAUCACAAUUCCUGAGCAUUGUAUAAGAAUGCAAAUGUCUGUGAAAAUAGCAUAA